UCGCUUGGGUGUGUCUUUCGCUCGCUCCCUCCCUCUUAGGUCACUCUUUCAGCCUCAAAUAAAAACUGCACCCAACUUCCGAGGCGCCCUCAUUGCCCAGCCCGACCCCAGCCUCCGACAGGUUCGGGCCCCUCCUCGCCCCGUCCCGUCGAUCCCGGGCCCCGCCCAGCGCACGGGACCCCCGGCUCCACUCGCCCGCUCGCUCGGUUCGCGCCCGCACCAUGGACAAGGUUUGGUGGCGCGCAGCCUGGGGACUGUGCCUCGUGCAGCUGAGCCUGGCGCAGAUCGAUUUGAAUAUAACCUGCCGAUACGCGGGUGUAUUCCAUGUGGAGAAAAAUGGUCGCUACAGCAUCUCGCGGACGGAGGCUGCUGACCUCUGCCAGGCUUUCAAUAGCACACUGCCCACCAUGGCCCAGAUGGAGAAAGCCCUGAGCAUCGGGUUUGAGACCUGCAGGUACGGGUUCAUAGAAGGGCACGUGGUGAUCCCCCGGAUCCACCCCAACUCCAUCUGUGCAGCAAACAACACAGGGGUCUACAUCCUCACGUCCAACACCUCCCAGUACGACACCUACUGCUUCAACGCUUCAGCUCCACCCGGAGAAGAAGACUGCUCAUCAGUCACAGACCUGCCCAACGCCUUUGAAGGACCCAUUACCAUAACUAUUGUGAACCGUGAUGGCACCCGCUACAGCAAGAAGGGCGAGUACAGAACUAACCCUGAAGACAUCAACCCCAGCACCCAGGCUGACGAGGACGUGAGCAGUGGAUCCUCCAGUGAAAGAAGCACUUCAGGAGGUUACAGCAUCUUCCACACCCACCUUCCCACCACACGCCCCACCCAAGACCAAGGCAGUCCCUGGGUGUCUGACCACUCAGAGAACACUCCCACUACCAGUACGGAUUCAAAUAUCAUCUCAGCAGGCUGGGAGCCAACUGAAGAAAAUGAAGAUGAAAGAGACAAACACCCCAGUUAUUCUGGAUCAGGCAUUGAUGAUGAUGAAGAUUUUAUCUCCAGCACCAUUCCAACCACGCCACGGAUUUUUAGAUCCCCAGAAGAGAAUCAUGAUUGGCUGCAGCGGUACCCUGUCCAUUUGAAUCCAGACAGAUCACUUCAGACAACCACAAGGAUGACUGAUGUGGACAGAAGUGGCACCAGUGCUUAUGGAGAAAAUUGGAGCCAGGAACCACACUCUCCUCUCAUUCACCAAGAGCAUCAUGACGAAGAGGAGACCCAGCAUUCCAGAAGCACAACCCGGGCAAUCACUAGUAGUACAGCAGAAGACACAGCUACCCAGAAAGAGCAGUGGUUUGAGAAUGGAUGGCAUGGGGAACACCCCCAAACGCCAAAGGAAGACUCUCCCUCAACAGCAGGGACAACUGUCACAACAGCCCCAGCCCAUGACAGCCAUCCAGAUCAAAGAAUGACAACGCAGAGUCAAGAGGACAGUUCCUGGACUUACUUCUUCGACCCAAUCUCACAUCCAAUGGGACAAGGUCAUCAAACGGAAAGAUGGAUGGAUACUGACUCCAGCCACAGUACAACGCUUCAGCCUUCUGCAGAUCCAAACACAGGUUUGGUGGAAGACUUGGACAGGACAGGACCUCUUCCAAUGACCACUCAGCAGAGUCAUACUCAGAGCUUCUCUACAUCACAUGGAAGCUUGGAAGAAGAUAAAGACCAUGCAAUGACUUCUACUGCAUCAUCUAGCAACAGGAAUGAUGGCAGAGGUGGAAAGAGAAGUGGAAACUUUUCUGAAAACUCAACUACUUCGGUGGAGGGUUAUACUCCUCAUCCCCCAGACACAAAGGAAUACAGCACCCUCAUCCCAGUGACCCCCGCUAAGACUGGGUCCCCUGGAGUUACCAAAGUUACUGUCGUUGGAAAUUCCAACUCUGAUGUUGAUGGUUCCUUUUCAGAAGACCAAGGCUCCUCCGAUGACCACAGUGGGAGGUCCCAUACCACCCAUGGAACAGAAUCACCUGGAUACUCAAGAGGGAGUCAAGAAGGUGGGGCAAACACGACCUCGGGUCCUAUACGGAAACCUCAAAUUCCAGAAUGGCUGAUCAUCCUGGCAUCCCUCCUGGCCCUGGCUUUGAUUCUCGCAGUUUGCAUUGCUGUCAACAGUCGAAGAAGGUGUGGACAGAAGAAAAAGCUGGUGAUCAACAAUGGCAAUGGAGCUGUGGAGGACAGAAAGGCAAGUGGACUCAACGGAGAGGCCAGCAAGUCUCAGGAGAUGGUGCACUUGGUGAACAAGGAGUCGUCAGAGACCCAAGACCAGUUUAUGACAGCCGACGAGACGCGGAACCUGCAGAAUGUGGACAUGAAGAUUGGGGUGUAGCACCUACGCCAUAACCUCAGAAAGAAACGAGAGGGAGCUGGGACCCUUCACAGAUGCAGUGUGCUACUGAUUGUUUCAUUGGGGAUCUUUUUUUAGCAUAAAAUUUUCUACUCCUUUUUGUUUUUUGUGUUUUGUUUUUCAAAGUCAGUUUCAAUUUAUAAAAACAACAUUGCUUUCUGAAAUGAGGGCCCAAUUAAUAAUCAGUAAGAAUUUGACCGUUCCAGUUCCCACCUAGAAGCCUCUUACCCCCUGGGGUGUGCUGUGGAUGGCUUCUCACAAAAGCCACAAAUACAUCUUCCCGAUCCCCAGCCUUCCCUCCACCCCACCUCCCAGGUAACGGCCACCUGCUAAGGACAUUCUCCAGGGCUAAGAGGGAUUGGUCCCUGGGAGGAAAUUUGAAUGGGUCUAUAUUGUUCCUCCAGCAGCCCAAUCCCUGGACGUUGCUUUCCAGUGGGGUAGGGGAUCGGGGUGUACUGGUUACACAUCCCCUUCUACAGACCCCCUGGAAAUUUUUCCAAUGCUUCUGGGAGAUACCCAAAGGGUGAAGCUAUUUAUCUGUAGUAACCUAUUUAUCUGUGUUUUUGAAACAUUAAACCCUGGAGGUCCUUUGAUCAGUAUGACUUUUUUUUUUGUUAGUUUGUCACAGGCAUAAAAGGGUUUAAGCUGAUUCAUAAUAAACAUCUGUAUUUCUUCCGCCUUAACCCUUUGUGCUGCGAUCCUUCAGCUUCUUAACCAGCAAGGUCUGGGUCCUGACAGCUCAUCAGGAAGAUGUGAGAAUGGUCCUCCUUGAAAGUUUUCAUCUCAGAGCCACUAAGCCCCCACUCCAACUCACUCAACCAAAUCUCAUAGAAGAUCAAGGAAGACCGCACUAUUUUAGUUCUGAGGCUCCAAAGGCUUUCUGUCCUGUUGUCCCAGAACCCGAAUU